UCACGUGAUAAUAAAGAAGGACAACUUGAUGGAGGAAGCAGGAAGUUCGUCUACCAAGAAGAGAGUCUGAGCACAUAAACAAUAAACAAAGAACUACUAGUAGAAACUAAUAAAGUAGAAAACUGUUGCACACCUAUCGCAAUGGCCGGCAUUAAAGCACUGGUUGGUUUGUCCUUCAGUGGUGCUAUUGGACUGACGUUUCUUCUGUUGGGCUGUGCGCUGGAACAGUACGAGGCAUACUGGCCGCUGUUUGUACUGAUUUUCUACAUAUUGAGCCCCAUCCCGACCUUCAUAUCCAGACGCCUCAGCGAUGACGCUGACGCCUCCAGCAAUGCCUGCAGAGAGCUGGCCUACUUCAUAACAACUGGCAUUGUGGUAUCAUCUUUUGGGCUUCCCAUUGUGUUGGCCCGAAAAAGCAUAAUCCAGUGGGGUGCCUGCGGUCUGGUGAUGACAGGAAACGCUGUCAUCUUCCUCACAAUCUUUGGCUUUUUUGUUGUGUUUGGAGGUGGGGACGACUUCAGCUGGGAGCAGUGGUAGUGAGCCUUUAGACAUGACAGAAGGAUGGGUGGAUGGGUAGGUGCAUAGUUGAAUGGAUAGACUGAAGGGCACAUGUGUCCUGAACUCAGUGGGGGAUGAAGCUCAUGCACAUAAUAAAAUAACCUGACAUAUUUUCAGGGAUUUUUUUUAAUGAGGGGAUAUUAAAGUUGGAGACAACACUAGGUUCCCUGUCAAUGUGCCUUAUAUCUUGGACCAGAGAGACAAUGAUGCCUAUACCCCUCUGAUGCUAUUACUCCAUCAUUUUCCACCUUAACCUGUGUAUUUUAGCUUGUCUUGCCCUUUUUCAACCCCCACAUCACCCCAUGUAUAGCAGCUGCCUGCUAUUUCUUUAUUCAACAUCAUAAAAAGAUGCUAAAGAGUAACUCUUGUAAUGUACACUGCCAUGCUUAUUUCAUUAUCUGUCCUCAUUGCUUAAGGGGGAACUGCUAUACUGAAUGAUAGCUUACUAAUAAUCACUGUUUGCUGUGUACAGUAAAAAGCAGGGCAAGUUAUGUUAAUCCGUGCUAUCUGACAACGUAGAUUAAGACCUUCUAAUCAGGGGAAGAUAUUUUUGUACGGAGGUAAUGUUUUUUGUUAAACUUUAUUUUGUUCAAGUGCAAUUGCUUACAUUCUCACCAAAGAUCUUUUAGGUUGCAAAAAUGUACCAUUGAAACGUCGGUUUUCAUUUGUGCCCAUCACCAACAUGACCCUCAAAAGCAAGCGGAGGCUUUGGAAAAAUUACCUGUAGUCAAUACCAUACAUCAGAUCUUAUUUAAGUUAUUUCCAGCAUUCUUUUAUAAACCUGCAGAUAAAAGAACUUCAUACUAUAGACAAAAAUAUGACAAUUUGUGAAUUAUAUUUAAAGUCAAUUUGUUACACAUUUGUUUUUAGGCCUACAGGAGAGCACUGUACCUGCAAAGUCGCUUAGAAGUGCCUGUCAUUCACUGAGUAUAUUUUGAUUAAUAGACAAAUCCCUAUGAUUCCGUUUUGAGUCAUUUUUAAAUAGUGUUUCGUCAUCAGGGGCCAUUGAAACAUGUAUUUGUAAAUCAAUUUUGCAUCCCCAUGAUCAGCUUCAUCAAGUGACUGUUUUUGAGGUUCUGAAAAAUGGUGUGAUGAGUCCUUUCCAUGCAAGCUAUCACAAGAUUUCUAAUUUCUUUCAUUUCUAACUUUGACUGCUCCACAAGCCAAUUUGUGAAUACUGUGUGUUCCAAAAACUGACAUGUUUGACAAGGAAGUUAUUUUCUCUCUGUGAUGACUCCUGUUCCCACACUAACACGUUCUAAAAGAUAAUUUCAUACGCUCCUGACUGCAUUCUGUUUCCCAACAUUGAUUAAAAGUUUAUGUAUAAAAAAAG